AGUCAGCCAUUGAACUGGUCGUGGAGAAGGAAGAGGAAUGGUUUGCAGCUCUACCUGUGAACUUUACCGAGGUCACCUUUCCUGAUUCUACCUCUUCAGAGAAAACUGGGUGUAUUAUUCAGAAUGAGUGUGGCGUUGGUGGGUUCUCGGUAGCUUGUGUUUUUCUGCUUCAUCCUCUUACACAGCAGAUAAGUGAGCGACAGAUGACAGUGACAGGCGGCGGGGUGGUGGUGGUGCUGUACAGCUGAUUAUUGAUAAGAGAUAAACCGAGGCUGUGAAGAGCAGAUAAAAAAGACAAUAACGGUAAGAACCCGACAUGUAACGACACCAGGCUCUGGACAGGGUGUGUUUACAUCACGCUUGGAGGACUAACAUGUUUUUCCCAGUGGGUUUAACUAAUCAACAAUCACCGACACGUACUGGCAACUAGAGGAAAUACUUCACGUUUUGUCAGAUUUAGCGCUUUAACUUGGACAAUGCGGCUUUUAUUCAGCAUGUCAAGGUGCACACAUGGCGUGCAUUUGACCACAUUGAAGCUGACACAGCCGAGGAUGUUAUGGCUGCAGCACCGCCUCUCCCUCAAGAGACAUUCAACCGGGGUCAGGUCACCGGUCCAUCCCCGACCCUUUCUACUUCACAGUAAAUGUCUCUCUGUACUCUGUUCGCAUCACACAUCGACAGGCCGAGCACCGACAGCAGCCACACAUACACCUGUUGCCUUUACCAGCUCUUCAGCCAACUCCACACCUCCAGCAGCCGGAUCUUUGAAGACCCAGACGGACACAGAGAAAGACCAAACACCGACCACCGUCCCCCUGGAGGAUGUCAGAAGGAUUCUGCAACUAGCCCACCCGGAGAGAUGGAGACUGGCAGCUGCUGUGGGCUUCCUCACUGUCUCUAGUGCAGUGACCAUGUCAGCUCCGUUCUUUUUGGGUAAAGUGAUUGACACCAUUUACACCAGCGGAGCGGACACAGAGACCAUGACGGCCUCCCUGACAUCGUUAUGCAUCAUGCUCACAGGAGUGUUCCUGUGUGGAGGGGCGGCCAAUGCUGCCAGAGUCUACGUCAUGCAGAUCUCAGGUCAACAGAUUGUUCGUGAUCUCCGUGCCUCUGUCUUCUCCUCCAUCCUCAGACAGGAAGUGGCAUUUUUUGAUAGGAAUAGGACUGGUGAGCUCAUCAACCGCCUCUCUGCUGACACGGCUGUGGUGGGACGCUCAAUCACAGACAAUCUGUCAGACGGACUGCGAGCUGUGGCCCAGGCGACCGCUGGUGUCAGUAUGAUGUUCUAUGUGUCCCCUAGUCUGGCGAGCUUUGUGUUGCUGAUUGUUCCUCCUGUGGCCGGUCUCGCUGUAGUCUACGGCCGAUAUCUUCGCUCCAUUUCCAAACACACACAGGAUGCUCUGGCACAAGCAACACAGUUGGCAGAGGAACGUAUCAGCAACAUGCGGACAGUCAGGGCUUUUGGUAAAGAGCUGUCUGAGGUCAACACAUACACGCAGAAGACAGACCAGGUUUUGAGCCUGGCCAGGAAAGAGGCUGUACUACGGGCUGGCUUCUUUGGGGUUACGGGGCUCAGUGGGAACAUAAUGAUCCUGUCAGUGUUGUACAAAGGAGGCCUUCUGAUGGCUAAUCAGCACAUGACUGUGGGCGAGCUCUCAUCCUUCCUCAUGUACACCUUCUGGGUCGGCAUCAGUAUUGCAGGGUUGAGCUCUUUUUACUCUGAGCUGAUGAAGGGGUUUGGAGCAGGAUCCAGACUGUGGGAGCUGCUGGACAGAAAGCCUGAGUUUCCCCUAAACGAAGGCCUUGUGCUUCCUGCAGAGCAGCUGAAGGGUCAGCUAGAGUUCAGUGAUGUUUCCUUUGCCUACCCGACUCGAAAGGAGGCUCCUAUCUUCCAGAACCUCAGUCUAGUGGUCCCAGCUGGUACCAUCAUGGCUGUAGUGGGACCCAGUGGGUCUGGAAAGUCAACCCUGGUCUCGCUGCUGCUCAGGUUGUACGAUGCUGAUUCUGGUGUCAUCACGGUGGAUGGUCAUGACAUCAGAGAUCUCAAUCCCUAUUGGCUUAGGAGUCACAUUGGAACCGUCAGCCAGGAGCCAGUGCUGUUUUCCUGCUCGAUCAGAGAUAAUAUAGCAUACGGUGCAGGGGACCCGGAAUCUGUGUCUUCAGAGGACAUCUACAGAGCUGCUAGGGUGGCCAACGCCUAUAACUUCAUCCAGACUUUUCCCAAAGGCUUCGACACCGUGGUGGGCGAGAAAGGGGUGCUAUUGUCAGGUGGUCAGAAGCAGAGGAUAGCCAUAGCCAGAGCACUGCUCAAGAAUCCGAAGAUCCUCCUUUUAGACGAGGCCACAAGUGCAUUGGAUUCUGAGAACGAGUUCCUGGUUCAGGAAGCCUUGGAGCGUCUGAUGGAAGGACGGACAGUUGUCAUCAUUGCUCACCGCAUGUCAACCAUCCAGAAUGCGAACACUGUUGCUGUUCUGGACCAGCAGCGUAUAGCCGAGUGUGGCCGGCACACAGAGCUGCUCGGAAACAGGCAGGGACUUUUCAGGAAACUGAUGGAGAAGCAGGCGUUUCUACAGGAUGAACAGAAACGAGCAUUGAGCUGAAGGCAGACAGAGUGCAGAUGAGUGUACGAGGAUGAAGAAGAAGCGAGUAGUAAGAAGGUGAGGUCAUGGGGAAGAACUUGUUUUGCUCCAUGAGGGUUGAGGACAGAUAUAAAAGGCACUGCUGGGAAUAUGAAGAGAAGAUCCUUUGCUGCAGUAUUGGUAGCAUCGCCUAAGAUAACAGUCAGGGUAAAACAGAGUGAAGACCUUAGUACUUAAAACAGUGAUUCACUUUCUAUUUGUGAAGAUAUCUAAAUGUACACUGAAAGAGGAGGACAGAAUGAGUUUCUGGUGAGAUGUUUCUCACACAGGAACUUUAUUUUGAAAUCACUGUCAUCACCAUUAACUUGGGGAAAAGCCCAAAUCCUGUUUCUAAUAGUUUGGGGCACAAAGGAGACAUUUCUAACUGUUAAUUAUUUUCAAGCCAAACCAAAAACAGUCCAGUGUGAUAUCUACAGAGCAGAGCAUAUCAUGUAUUUGUCUAUUUAUUAUCCACUUUUUUUAAACUUGUUUUUGUUAUUUUGAGGAUUUUAACAAGCCAGCUAAAGAGGCUGUUUGUGUUGUCUGCAUUGUGUUGUACAACAUUGCUGAAGAUCGUGAGGAAAAAAAUAUGAAUAUGUGUUUUAAAUCACAGCUGAGGUGCUACUAAUCUCAAAAUAAACACUUUUUCUUGUGGAUUUGGUCUAAGUGGAUCAUAUCUAAAAUGUGAUUUUUUUUUUUUUUUUUUUUGCAAAUAUGUUAAGAUUCACUGCACUCUCAAGUUUCUUUUACGUUUCAAUGUAGAGUCCUGACACUGCUAAACCUGAUCAUCUUUAUAUGUCAAACUAAAUGAACUUUGCACAGUCACUCUGGAACUUGAUGGAUACCUGCUAAACAGUCGACUCUCUGGACUAUGUUUCACUGCUCUUAACGAACACAGUGUUUGUUGCCACAAUCAUCCCUCUUCUGACAUUCAUCUCAUCAUUCACCAAUUUAAAUCCCUUUUUUUAAACAUGACAACAACGAGUAACCAAGUGCAAAUCAGUGAUCCAGAUCGUCUCACGGUGUUCUUUAUAAACCAACAUCAGAUCUGUUCAACAUUUCUGGCUGAUUACUCCUCACCACUGUGUUUGUCUCUUAUCUACCUACCAGCGAUGUGUGUUUACACGACGUGCACUUGGCCCGCAGUAAAUCCUAAAACAAUAGCUCUAAAACUGCAGACAUGUUAGCCACAGCGCUGAUGAGCUAGCUAAAUAUUAUAGCUGGCUAGAGGCUGACUAGAAAGAAAUGAUUCUCUUCAGUCAAUAUUUGCACAUACACUUCACCACUCGGGGGGAGUUCAGGCUGGAGUGAUUCAGAAGAUUUGUGUCUUAUUAUGCCUCGCAUGAAAACCCCUUUGCUUGUUUUUAGAAGAGCUUUUUGUUACAUGAUUUAAAUCUAACAAUUACUUUUACUAAAAGUGACAAGACAACAAGCGAGUUGCAUUUCUCUGAACAUUGGUUGCAGAGGUUUUAUUUGUCAUGUUUAAGGUUUCUGACAGGGAUUAGAGACUCUAAUCUUUGCACUGACUUUUCAUUGAGACUUUAAAGGCAGUGAGGCCUCGACACCCUUCAGACAACAGAUAUUCAAAUGAACAGUCCUGAUCAUAUUUUAAAAAGGGAUCAUGCCAGGAUGAAUUCAUACAUAGCUCACUGAGAGGGGACUGUUUGAAUAGCUGACUACUGUUGUUUGUGUUUGAUCAAAUACAUGUAAAGGUUUUUUAUAUAUUUCAUACCGUGUACGGACUACAUGGCAGAAUAAAUUGAGAUCAGAUUUUAUCUAAAUGAAUUUAUUAAAUACAUGAUUUAUCACAGGCUGUAUUUUUUUAUAUGUUUUGUCUUGUAGCUAUGCUUCUGAUAUUUCACUUGAAAGAUUUUCACGUCCCUUAUCAAAGAAUUCUUCAUUACAAAGUUGCCUUGAACAUUAACGUCUCCGACACAUCAAGACUUGUUUCGUCAUUCCUGUGAAAGUAAGACUCAGCACUCAUUAUAAUCAACAUGCUUUAAGGCUGCAGAGGACUGAUUCUUUUUUUGUGUCUGAUUUGACUUCUAAACAAUAUGACAUAAAUGAUGUAUGAUGGAUUUUUUAAUUAUUUUUGUGUUUGUUAAAUUAUUAUACUGUCUUGUCGAGGCAAAUAAAGUGAAAUAUUAUUAUUCA